GGUGUUAUGAAGCAGAGAAAUCGAGCAAUUGUAUCGCUGAAGUCGGAUUUGUCUAUAUCUGCGAGCGAAAGAAGAUUCUGUGCAUAGUGUUCUAGCCCCUCUGUGUGAGUUGAUAUAGGAUCUACUUGUGUGAAAAUCAGAAACUCACAAUGGCUCGGCACCGGAACAUUCGAACCAUGGCCUAUGAAGAGGAUCUCGACGACUACACCAGCGAUGAUUACGGAAGCUCGCUGGACAAUGGCUGCGUUACACCAGAGACGGAAAACAUGUACACAUAUGCCAGAGAGCGGCACGAAUCCGUUUCCAAAAUUUGGGAACCUCAGCAACCGCCAGUCCAGGAAGAAGAUGAGCAAGAGCCUGGAGAGAUGUUCGAAAUGGACGACGUGAAAGAUACCGGUCAAGGCGCGACAGGAGAUUCAGAAAAACUCUCAAAAUGCCUCAAGUCGAUGAGGAGCGUCAUCGGGAAUUCCGUGGCAGAGGGAACCCUCCGCGAGGCCGCUAUAAGUCAAAAUUUCGAUCCCGAUAGAGCUCUGGAUGUUGUCUUCGAUCGCCAGGGAGGUGCAUCGAAAGCAGCCGCGCCUCAAGCCAACCCAGAAUCUCAAAAAGCACAAGCAUCUCAGUCCAAACAGACGGAUCCGAAUCAGCACAAUUUCCAGACAGUACCACCUGUCGAAACGCCCACUCGAAUCACAUUCAACGGCAAGGAUCCGGGCCCCAAAAACGCGAAGAAAUCGAAAGCCGUGGCCACAAAGGACCCGAAGGAGCCGAAAGUCGAGUUGAAAGUCGAGUCGAAAGCGGUCCCGAGGAAGCUCUCUCCGGACACUCCGAGAUCAACUGCUUCGCCUAAAGUUCCCAGAACGCCCAGACUGGAUCCCAAAGCUAUUCAAGAUCUCUACGAUAAAGAGCGGACUUCUAUGAAGCCUUUGUUGAACCUCGUGGUCGUUGGGCAUGUUGACGCUGGGAAGAGUACCCUCAUGGGGCAUCUUCUGUACCUUACUGGGAACGUCAGCAAGAAAACUAUGGCGAAAUACGAACACGAAUCGAAGAAGCAGGGCAAAGCUUCCUUUGCCUACGCUUGGGUCUUGGACGAGACAUCCGAAGAGCGCACCAGAGGAAUAACAAUGGACAUGGCUUACGCCAAAGUAGAGACUGAGCACAGAUGCAUCAACAUACUUGACGCUCCCGGCCACAAGGACUUCAUUCCGAAUAUGAUAACCGGAGCCGCCCAAGCUGAUGUGGCCAUCCUAGUCGUCGAUGCAACCAGAGGAGAGUUCGAAACUGGUUUCGAGCUCGGGGGCCAAACUCGGGAGCACACGAUGCUCGUGAGGUCCUUGGGCGUCGCACAACUUUCGGUGGCUGUGAACAAGCUCGACACGUGCCAGUGGUCCGAGGAACGCUUCAAUGAAAUCAUAAGUGCACUGAAACCCUUUUUAAAGCAAACCGGCUUCGUCGAGUCGAUGGUUUCGUUCGUUCCGUGCAGCGGAUUGACCGGUGUCAAUCUCCAUGAACGCAGCCAGCUCCCGCAGUUGACCAAAUGGUACAAAGGACCCUGUCUCCUGGAGACUAUUGAUAAAAUGGAACCGCCGCCACGGCCGAUCACAAAGCCACUCCGAAUGUGUGUCGCUGAUGUUUUCAAAGGCAUGCAGUCCGGAGUCAGCGUCGGAGGGAAAAUCGAGUCCGGUUGCAUGUCUCAAGGCGACAAAUUCAUCAUCAUGCCAUCUCAGGAGCCUUGUGUCGUCAAAUCUCUGCUGAUCGACAAUUUGCCGCAUAAUCGUGCAUUUGCCGGGGAUAACGUUAUCGUGAACCUCGACAAGUGUGAACCCUCGCAAAUUUGCUUUGGAUCUGUGAUAUGCGACGCAAAUGAGCCGAUUCGGGCCGUGUCGAAGUUCGAGGCGAAAGUUGUGAUCUUCAACAUCGAUAUACCUGUCAUCAAGGGCUCUCCCGUGGUGUUGCAUUUCCAGUCAUUGAGCGAACAGGCUUGCUUCGGGAGACUCCUCAAAGAACUCAAUAGGAACACGGGAGAAGUCGUCAGAGAGAAGCCUAGAUACUUGAGCAAGAACAGCAGUGGCGUGGUCGUAAUCAAGGUUGCCCGACCGAUCUGUGUCGAACGCUACCAGGACUCCAAGGAACUCGGCCGAAUAACCUUGCGACAGUCAGGGAACACGAUCGCUGCUGGUGUAGUUACAGCUUUGUUAUGAUGAGGGACACCGUUGCUUUUGUUGAUGCUAAUAAAUAUCAGAGUCUCUUCCC